AGGUCAUAGGACGGUUAAUGAUUAUCGUAAAAAUAUUUUCUUCUAGCAACACUGCUAACCUCACUUUUUAAUGGCGGAUGCGCUUGCGUGAUGCCGGUUUCGUGUUAUUAUUGCUUUUAGUUUGGCGUCAUUUCGAGUGAAUUUGUGAAUUCAUUGAUUUUAGCAGCAUCCAUUUAUCCGCGGUUUAGACAAAAUGGUGGCACAAAAGAAAGGUCGCGGUGCUAAAAACCAGGCAUCAAAAGCCAAAGCCGCGGCACAGCCCGAGGAGCAGGUGCAGGAGCCCGAAACAUCGGAAAUGCCCGAGGCGGCCGAGAACAACGGAGAGUCUGAACAGACUGGCGAGGAGAGCGCGGGCGCGGAGACUGGUGACGCCGUCGAGCACGCCGAGGGCGAGCAGCAGGAAGGCGCCGAAGGCGAGCCCAAGCCGGAAGAUAAACCAGAGGAGAAGGUCGAGUCUGGUAAAUUGCUCGUAGAGAAUCUUCCGUCGAGCUAUCUGUUCGACUACCAGGAAAAACUGAAGGAGCUGUUCUCAAAACACGGCGAAGUCAUCAACGUCAAACGUGGUCCAAUCAUUGUAACUGAACUGACCACAACUCCGACAUUAUCGGCAAUAGUCGAAUUCAAAAACAAAGAGUCUCUGGACAAGGCCCUGUCGGAGGAGGGCACGGUGGUGGACGGCAGCGCGAUCUCGGUGUCGGUGGAGUCGCGCGCGGAGACGGCGGUGCUGGUGGGCGUGCCGUACGAGGCCAGCACCGAGUACGUGAAGCUGCUGUUCGCACAGUGCGGCGAGGUGUCGCACAUACACGAGUUCAGCAAGACCAAGUACAAGAUACUACGGGUGACAUUCCACGAGAAGGAGUCCGUGGAGAAAGCGCUGAAGCUGGACCGCGAGCUGCGCAUCAACGGGUUCCUCGUCACCGUCAACAAGUACCGCGACGAGGACGAACAGAAGGCCCACGCCGCUAACACCAACAAGAACAAGCGCCAGCAUCCACAACAGCAGAACCGCAACAACUCAAAUGCAAAUACAAAUACAAACACGAGCCCGAACGCGAACCGCUCGAACAACUCGUUCCGCCCGCGCGGCGCGUCGUUCAACGCCAGAGGUAACUUCAGAGGCGCGCGCGGCCGCGGCGGGUUCGGCGGUCGCGGCGGCGGCGGCGCGUUCCCGCGCGGCGGCUUCGCGCCCGUCAACUCCUACCUGCCUCCGCAGGGGUUCAUGGGCCGCCCGAACUACCUGUAGUAGAAGAAUACAUAUUGCAGGGUGGCUUCAUGAAUGACGGACAGCGGCCGAACAAACGGCUCCGACAAAUGUAAAUUUAACUGUAAAGACAUAUAAGCAAUAUCGUGCUCGUCCCGUGUCCGUGUGUGUGAGUGUGCUGCUCGUCGCGUCCUACAGAGACUACAGUGACAUGAUGGGCGCCGUUCCGAAGUCGCGCGCCGCCGUCCGCACCGGCGUCCGCACCGGCGCCCGCGCAGCCCGCGUCUUCGGAACGGCUCCCACUAUCUGAUUAAAUCUAGCUAAUUGUAUUUACUAAGUACAUGAGAUAAAUAAUUGUAAGCUAAUGUCUUUUGACAGAUAUUAAAUGUAAUUACUAAUA